AUGUUCCUCCCUGAUGAAGCUGGCCAGUACCAGUACACAUGUGAAGGGCGCAGAGGAACUAGGCCAAGGACUUCCCAGCGUAGCACUCCUGCCUCUGUUAGUGUCUCAGCUUUUCCAGCACCUUCAUUGAGAGUACAACCCAGCCAUGUAUUCACUGGAGAAGCAGUCACUCUGACAUGUGUAAUACAGCCUCCAGCUGGCUGGACAUAUGCAUGGGUUAAACCCUCAUCAUCCAGAGCCUCUGAGACAAACACCAACAGCUACACCAUCAGCAGUGCCACUGUGUCUGAUCAGGGGAUGUAUAGGUGCCGUGGAGUGAGAGAGAGAAGCAGGAAACCAUCACCUUACAGCAACUCUGUACAGCUCACAGUGGGAGCGCUGCCUGUGGCUACUCUGACUGUAGAGCCCCAGAGUCCUGUGUUCACUGGAGAGAACGUCACUCUGAAGUGUGUGAUAGCGUCUCCCAGUGGCUGGACAUACAAGUGGUAUAAGGAGUCCAGCAGUAUAUCAGUGUCUGAGGGAAACACCUUCACCAUCAGAGGAGCUGCUGAGUCUCAUAAGGGCCAGUACUGGUGUCAGGGGGAGAGGACAGGCAGACCCACAACAUCACAACAAAGCAGGAGAAUUACUCUUGAUGUUGAAGCUUCAAAGCCCAAAGUCACUAUAAGUCCAGAGCACCAGCUCCUCACAGGAGACUCAGUGACUCUGAGAUGUGCGUUGGGUGUUUCCUCUGGUUUGGUGUUCUACUGGUACAGACACACACAGAGCUCUGAUCCUGUGGCCCAGACUGAUGGAGACUCCUACAGCAUCAGCUCUGCUACAGUCUCUGAUGGAGGACAGUACUGGUGCAGAGCUGGGAGAGGACACCCAGUCUUCUACACUCAAUACAGUCAUGCAGCUGAGAUCAAGGUUACAGAUUUGUCUCCUAAAGUGUCUGUGGUCAUCCAGCCAAACAGGACCCAGAUCUUUACAUCUGAUUCUCUCUCCCUGAGAUGUGGGGUUGAGGGCAACUCUACUGGAUGGAGACUGAGGUGGUCCACAGGCAGAGGAGGAGAAUCAAAGUGUCCCACUGACUGGAGAUCAGCACCAGGAUCCAUCUGCAGCAUCAGCUCAGCAUCUCCAUCAGACAGUGGAGUGUACUGGUGUCAGUCUGAGUCUGGAGAGCAGAGCAACCCUGUCAACAUCACAGUGCACACUGGAGAUGUGAUCCUGGAGAGUCCUGUCCAUCCUGUGACUGAGGGAGAUCCUCUGACUCUGCGCUGUAGAUAUCGCCAUCAGCCAUCAUCCAACAUCAGCGCUGACUUCUAUAAAGAUGGGACACUCCUGCAGACCUCCUCCGCAGGAGAGAUGACCAUCCCUGCAGUCUCUACGUCACAUGAAGGCCUCUACAAGUGCAGCAACCCAGAGAGAGGAGAGUCACCAGAGAGCAGAGUCACAGUUAGAGGUGCUGGGUCCUCUAAGUCCAUGGUAGCAGUGGGUGUGGUGGCUGGACUGCUUGUUGCCUUUGCUCUGGUCAUUUUACUGGUCCUGCUGUGUCGCACCCUGAGAGCUAAGAUGACACCAAGCCUUGGCCCACAGAGUAACAGUCACAGUUCACCUUCACAGAAGAGAGUUUUAGGUGGUGCUGUGGCUGCACCCAGUGUGGUUUAUGCCGAGAUUGAGUUGAAGGAUAAAGGCAAGAAAAAGAAAGAAGCCAAGAGAGGUGCAGCCAUGGCAGAUCCCCUGUACUCACUCCUGAGACCAGCCAAGAGUCCAGUGGUCUCAGAUGAUGUGACGUAUGCCAAGGUUAAACCAAAGAAACGCAAGAAACAAGAUUCAGCUGGCCCCAGUGAUGUCACAUAUGCUGAUGUGCAGAUCAACAUGAGACCACUGGGCAGUAGAGCGAACCAGUCAAAGGAACAUCUUUACUCUGCGGUGAAGCCUGGUUGCUCAUCAAGUAAGGAAUAAUGUGCCCCAAGCUUUCAACACAGCGAAGAUGGAAAGAUGGAUUGUGAUGGUUGGACAAAAGUAC